AUGACGGGUUCGUUGUUUAAAAGUUUUUUUAAAAUUCCCGCAUUGAGCAUUUUGAAACAAAGAGGAUUACCAAAUGUUGGUGUUUUUGCCAUGCAAAGGAGGCUUUUUGCUUCUGAGAAUGACAACCAGAUGACAGUGAGAGAGGCUCUUAAUACGGCACUUGAUGAAGAACUUACUCGCGACGACCGUGUUUUUUUAAUCGGAGAAGAAGUCGCACAGUAUAAUGGCGCAUAUAAGGUAUCAAAAGGGCUCCUUGAUAAAUAUGGGCCGAAACGUAUUGUUGAUACACCUAUUACAGAGUCAGGUUUCGCAGGCCUGGCCAUAGGCGCAGCAUUAUCAGGAUUAAGACCUAUAUGCGAAUUUAUGACAUUCAAUUUUUCAAUGCAAGCUAUAGACCAAAUAGUCAAUUCAGCAGCCAAAGUUCAUUAUAUGAAUGGUGGUAUAGUACCAUGUCCCGUUGUAUUCCGGGGUCCAAAUGGUUUUGCAGCAGGUGUUGCUGCUCAACACUCUCAAGAUUAUGCAGCAUGGUAUGGUUCUAUUCCAGGAUUAAAAGUUGUAUCUCCAUGGGAUAGUGAAGAUGCUAAAGGAUUAUUAAAGGCUGCUAUCCGAGAUCCUAAUCCGGUUGUCGUAUUAGAAAAUGAACUUCAAUAUGGGGUUAAAUAUCCAAUGUCUCAGGAAGCAAUGUCACCCGACUUCUUAUUACCAUUUGGUAAAGCUAAAAUCUUACGGGAAGGCAAGGAUGCUACAAUUGUAUCACACUCAAGACCAAUAAAUUAUUGUCUUGAAGCAGCCGAAAAAUUACAGAACGACGAAGGGAUUUCAGUUGAAAUAAUUAAUUUACGGUCAAUUAGACCAUUAGAUGUUAAUACAAUAUUAGAAUCAGUCAAGAAAACUAGUCAUUUGAUAUCCGUUGAAUCAGGAUUUCCACAUUUUGGAGUUGGUAGUGAAAUGUGCGCAUUGGGGAUGGAAACAGAAAUGUUUGAUUAUUUAGAUGCACCAGUAGAAAGAAUCACGGCUGCAGACGUUCCAACGCCAUAUGCAGAAAAUUUAGAAGCUUUGAGUUUUCCAAGUGCAGAAGUAAUAAUUAAAGUAGUUAAACGUGCUUUAUAUAGACAAAA